AUGAAUCGCUAUUUUAUGGGUAAUUUUUCAGAAAAAAGAGCAUCUGAAGAUGGAUAUAUAACGCAUUUAUCAGAAAAAUACCAGAAAAACUCUUUUCUCCCGUUAUUUUUGCGUGGAUUUUCUCCUAAUAUUGCUGUUUUAGCAUCUGGGGAUGCCAAUGAAUUGGCAUCGGCUAAGGGAUUUGGAUGUGUACAUGAAAUGUUAUCUAUAUUCGAGGAAAAUAAGGGAGAAACAGUUCUUAUUCGCCAUUCGGAAGGAAAUGUACUUUGUGAAGUAUUUGGAGUACAUUUUGUUCCUCUACAACGGUUGUUGAAUGAUAAAAAAAUACAUGAGGAAAUUAAAUCUAUGGAAGAAGAAAUUGACUGGAUGGAAGGGAAGGUAUCUGAAUAUAUGAAUGUUUUUAGUUAUGGAAUGAAAGAUAUGAAAGAGGAAAAAAUUUUAAAAGAAAAUGAAAGAGAUUUGGAAAAAACAUAUGAAAAUCCGGAAAAUAUGGAGCAAUCGCUUGAGAUUUCUUCAGCUUUUCAUUUUUAUUGUCGUCUUUUAGCAUCUUUUCCUCCUUCAGUACAUGAAUCUUUUAGCCAUCCUAUUGCUUGUGUCUUUGCAAUAUCAUCUCACAGCUCGAAACCACUUGAGUCACUUCAACAUUUACAACUACAUCCUCCAAUGCUUCCAUAUAUUGAUUUUAGUUAUUUGCCAGCUUGUCUUUUUCUACAUGACGAUAGUCAUGAUCUUGAAAAAUCGCUACAAGUAUUUGAAACUAUUAAACAGACUUUUGGUAUUCAUUCAUAUCUUAUCAGAUUAUCUCCUUCAGAUCAAUCUUUAGAUAAAUCUCAAGAAGCGUAUAUACGAGUGCCAAAAGAUCCAUGGAAUUUAUCUUUUGAUACGACUAAAGAUGAAUUCUAUGCUUUAAGUCAGAAGGAUGUUUCUGCUAUUCGUACAUUUGUUAAAGAAUUGAUAUCUAGAAGUAUUAUUCCAGCUAUGGAACAAUCAAUUGAUUUAUGGAAUGAACAAGUCGCUGCAUCUCGUAGGGGAAUUGCAGGAAAACUUCUCAACGUUUCUAAACGCUAUUUCAGCACCGGUACUGCUCGUAAUCAAUCUUCUUUUUAUAAUAAUAGUAAUUAUAAUAUUAAAACUUUAUCCUAUGAUUUAUCUUCUCCUGAAGCACGAUUAAGAAAACUUGCAGAUUAUGCUUUUAUGUUACGUGACUGGAAAUUUGCGCAAUCUAUAUAUGAACUUUUAAAAAAAGAUUUCUUAAAUGAUAAAGCAUGGAAAUAUUAUGCAGGAGUUCAAGAAAUGUUGGCGCUUUGCUCACUUUUUCCCUCAUAUACGACAAAGAUCAAAGUUGAAACAAUCGACUCUAUGUUAAACGCAUCAUUAUAUUCCUAUUUAUCGGAGUCUUCCUCACCUUUCUUCGCUUUACGAUCUGUUAUCUUUGCUUCUGAACUUAUGUUUCUACAAUCUAAUGAGGCAAAAAACAAUGCCGCUAAAUGGCUAAUAAAAAUUCUCGAAACUGGUAUCCUUGGAAACACUAUUAAUGCUCUUCUAAUUGAGCGAAUUUCAUAUUGUUUUGGAACUAUAAGGUCAUAUGGUCUACUCUCUUAUGGAUCUCGUCGUAAAAAGGCUGCUUUAUGGAAAAUUCUUGCCACAGAAGCUUGGUUAACCCUUGGUAAAAAAAAAUUGGCUCAACAAUCUUUUCUCCAAGCAAUGUCUGUCUAUCAAGACACUCAGUGGAAUGAAAUAAAUGCAUUUACAGCUACUCUACAUGAUCAAAUAUAUACUUAA